AUGUUUUCGACUUUGACCAUCGCUGGCGGCAAAAUCACAAAACUUACAACGCUCACUGGAUCAAAGGACUUUCCGCCCCACCAAUUUCAUAUCGGUGAAGGAGAAUAUCUAGCCAUGCCGAAGUGGUGUUCAUCGAAAUGUCCUCGGGGAGCGGGCCACCUGUCUCUCAGGGUGGGGAAGCGCAUCUCUGGUGGCGGAUCCGGCGUCGCUUAUGAGGCAGAGGUAUUGGUUGCGGGCUCUGGUGCGGUGGAAAGCAAUGUCGCGGUCUCCAACCCGUCUCCUCUGGAGCAGCAGCUUUGCAUCAAAGUAGCACGACCCAACCGGUGUCGCACGCUUGCGAGAGAAGCAUGGAUGUACAGGCGUCUUCGCAGCCUACGGGGCGUCAUUGCGCCUCAGUUCUAUGGCUUUUUUACUGCAGAGCUGUCUGAGACGCAGUCUCCUUUUCCUCCAAGCGAGGAUCUCGUGCACUUGGAAGAGGACGAUCUGACGCGCGACGAGUUUUUACCGGACGACGAGCCGCUGGACGCGUUGGGAGGCAGAGACCGCUCAAAGUGGUGCAAGUGGCGCCCAAAACCCGAUGCUCCGAUGCUGGCUGUAAUUGUCAUGUCAAGAGGAGGGGCAACGUACUCACAGAAGGACCAUUGGGACUUGGAAGACGUUCGUGCUGUACUCGACGACUUAUCGCGGGCUUCUAUCUUGCACGGAGACCUGCGUCCAGCUAACAUUGUUCGCGCCCCCGCAAGUACGAUACCAUGUGAUGUGUACCGGUGUAUCCAUAAGUGGAACGUCAUUGAUUUUGCUCGCGCUCGAGCUUUGGACGUCGACGUCGAUGGUACGGUCUUGUUGAAGAACAACAGAACUCCCGAGGAAGAGAGGAAGGUCUCACACUGGAAUAUUUUUGUGUAUUUGCAGCGUUCAAGCUACGAGACCGAAAAUUUCGACCUAUAG